AUGGAAAACCUCACCAUCUCCGAUGCCCCUCCCCAGGGGGGCCAACCCGUUCUUGGCGGCCGCGCGCCGCCGCCGCCUCAGCAGACCCCUCAGCUGCCGCCUCAGAUGUUCACGACCGCGGCGCAGCUGCUGGACAUGACCGACAUCUCGGCCGCAUUGCUGCGCGGGGCUACUCGCGACAGAACGCUAACCUCGCCGGUAGAGAAGCUCAUGGUCGCGCUCCGUGACGGGCGCAAACUGAUAGGCGUCCUCCGCAGCUGGGACCAGUUCGCAAACCUUGUCCUCCAAGACACCGUCGAGCGCGUCUACGCCCACCCGGACCCGGAGGCCAACCCUCCACGCGAGGGCGGGCUCUUCGCCGACAUCAAGCGCGGUAUCUUCCUCGUGCGCGGCGAGAACGUGCUCCUUCUGGGAGAGAUCGACCUCGACAAGGACGACGACCCACCACCAGGCUACGAGCCGGCCGACCUUAAGCUCGUGCAGGGCCUGGCGGCCGAGAGGAAGGACAAGGACAAGGCGCGCGACAAGGGGCGGAUCAAGAAGCUGAGCACGCUGGGCUUCGAGGGCGAGAACAUGGGCGAGAUCCUGCUCUGA